AUGUCCGAAGCUAACAAUAAUAAUCAAAUUUAUUCCGCAACGUAUUCAAAUGUACCCGUAUUUGAGUUUGUCACAGUAGAAGGUCCAAUAAUGCGACGUAAGCUUGAUUCAUGGAUCAAUGCUACACAUAUUUUGAAAAUUGCUAAGUUACCAAAGGCUAAAAGGACGAGAAUAUUGGAGAAAGAUGUUCAAACAAAUACUCAUGAAAAAGUCCAAGGUGGGUAUGGGAAAUAUCAAGGAACUUAUGUACCAUUAAGUAUUGGAGAAAAUAUUGCAAAAAAUUUCAAUGUGUACGAGAUAUUAAGACCUAUUUUUGAAUUCACUUACAUUGAAGGUGAAACCGAAACUCCUCCACCUGCUCCAAAACAUAAUCAUGCCAGUGCAUUAAAUGUAGCUAAAAGGCAAGCAUCAUUGACAAAAAAGUUGGAAGUCAAGCCAAAAAUACCAAAACAAUCCAAAAGGGUGUCACUAAAUCCAGAUGAUGCGCCUAGAAAAAGAGGUAGACCGAAAGGUUCAACAUUAAGUUCAACUCCAAGCUUACAAAAUUCUGAUACAGUUCCUUUGAACGAUCAUUUACCUUAUUUGUCAAACGGUGUACCAAGAUUGAACAGACAAGAUACUGUACAGGAUAAUUUGCCCAACUUAAUGGUGUCAAACAUGAGUUUAAGACAAGAAGAUCUUGAUUCAGUAGGAACAGAUGAUGACGAAGAGUAUGAUCAUAGAAAGGGUCACAAGGGAAGCGCUUCGUUGAAGCGGCAUAAGCUGAAUGGAGCAGGAUCAAGGUCAAUUAUGAACGGAAUGGAUACGUUUGAUCAGCAAAAUGAACUAUUGACAAGUAAAGAACUAUUUGGAGUUUCGAGAAACAUAUAUGAAAAAAAUGCAGCGGCAGCAACAGGAGCAGCAGCAGUUAAUACCAAUGCACAACAAAAUGAUUUCUUACAACCAUAUCAUCAACCAAGUAUAAAUCUAACACAGGAGAAUCAAAUUUACAAUGAAUACUUUGGCAAUUUGUUAACUUUUUUUCUCGAAGAUGAUGGCAAUGACCGAUCAAAAGCUGCAAAUUCUGAGAAUAUAAUACCUGAAACAUUGAGAAAUCCACCACAGCCAAUCUCAAAAGUACACAUAAAUCAACCAAUUGAUCAAGAUGGUAAUACGAUCUUCCAUUGGGCAUGCGCAAUGGGGAAUACGACAAUGAUUAAUUUUUUAUACGAAAAGUUUAAAAGUGAAAUCAAGAGUGAUAUUAGAAAUAACAAGGGAGAAACUCCUUUAAUGUUUUUAGUCAGAUUUAAUAAUAGUUAUCAACUAAAUAAUUUUGAUAUCAUAUUGACGCAUUUGAUUGAUUCAUUAAAUUCCGUUGAUUCCACCGGAAAGAAUGUGUUGCAUCAUAUUGUUGAAAAUAAAAAAGAAAAAAUUUCAGCUUAUUAUUUGCAGAUUUUGUUACAAGAGUUUAUGAGUAGUGUCCUUGGAAAAGACAUAAAUGUUAUAGAAAAUAUAAGUGAGGACAAAUUAAGUAUCAUCAAUGGUUUCAUUAAUCAUCAGGAUUCCGAUGGUAAUACUGCUUUCCAUAUUGCUGCAUAUCAUUUACUCAAAAAGAUUAUUAAACUUUUUAUAAAUUAUCAUCAAUUCAUCAGUUUUGGUUUAAGAAAUUUGGUUAAUACAACCGUUGAAGAAUAUUUGGCUUCGCAUAAUUUUGUUUUAAGAUUGGACCAAACUGCCCAAGAUGAUGAUCAAUUGAUGGACGAAAAUGAGAGGAUCGUUAGUAAUUUUGAUGAAAAUGAAGUGCUUCAAAGUAAAAAUGGUAUUGUUGAAGACAAUAUUUUUGAUAAAACAUCUUUUGAUGCACAAUUACAUAAAUCAAAAUUAGCAAUAAAUUUAUACAAUAAUACUGCCAAUUUAUUGACUGAAAAAAUGACCCAGCUAUCAUACGUUAUAAAUCAAGAAUUAAAUGACAAAGAUGAAACCGUUUUAAAUUAUUUCAAAACUUUGAAAAUUGUUAAUCAAAUUAAGUUAGAAUCACAACGUGCAAUAUUAUCAUUUUUUAAUUUGGAAAGCCUAAUCAACAAUUUAGAAGAAAAUGAAGAACAUAAUAAUGAUGAUGAUCAGUCGUCUUUCAAGAAUUUCAAGGAAAAUGAACCUCAUUCACAAGGUAGUACGCAGCGGAUACCAAAUUCAAAUCAUGUUCAUAGCGUUGGAGCUAAUUAUGACAAUUUCAACUUGAAGCUAAAUUUUGAGAAAGACCGUAUAAUACAAGAAGAAGUUUAUAGACUAAUCAAUGACGUAACGUUUCAAGUCAUACAUCAGGAAGAAAAUUUGAGAAAUGUACUAAAUAAAAUCAACAAUUUUCAAGAAUUUCAAAACAAAAAGUAUUUAAAACAUUACAAUGGGGAAGGAAAUGAAAGUCAUGCAAUAAAAAAUGAAAACAAUUCCGAAGUUACUGAUGAUCAGUUGAACUUAGCACUUGAGUUACAGAACCAAAUCAUUAAAAAGCAAACACUAGUUAAACAGAUAUUCAAUCAAAGGCUAGGUUCAACAAAUUCGAAACAACCCCCUGUACAAACUGGCAUAGGCGUAGCUAAAAAGGAAAAUAAAUCUAUCAUAUCAAACAUCAUGGAGAGAGAUCCAAAUAAUAAGAUUUUAAAAUAUUGUAAGCUCAUUUCAUUAAGCUGUGGUAUGAGAAUCGACGAAGUUGAAAAUAAUAUAGAUGUGAUUGAGCAAAGUUUAAUAAUGAGGAAAUGA